AUUCUAUAACCACUCAACUUUACUCCUACUUUCCACCUUGCUACCUUUCCAUACCAUCUUUUCCUUCCAUAAUAGUAACACGUACAUCUCGUAAGCCUAAAAUUGAUGCACCAAGAUGAAGUUCGGCAAGGAAUUAAGGUCCCAAAUGGUCCCCGAAUGGGAAGGAGCUUACGUUAAUUACGAAUAUCUCAAGACAUUACUCAAAGACAUUCAACAUUAUCGACAGCUUCACGUUCCACCACCCCCUAAUCCCCCGGGAUUAACCCGUAGGCUCUCGCUAUAUCGAAACUUCAGUGGACUCACGGGACUCAAGGUCCCGAAUAGCCCGACAACAAGCACUGACCGUACUGACCAGGAUAUCGAAAGACAGCCGAUACUAGUGAAUGCGGUGAAGAGGCCUAAUGGCGAGGAUGGGUUCGAGACCACGUUUUUGGCUGACAGAGAGGAUGGUGGGGAGUAUGAGCUUGUGUUUUUCAGGAGGCUUGAUGAUGAGUUUAAUAAGGUUGUGAAAUUUUAUAAGGGUAAAGUUGAGGAGGUCUUGAAGGAGGCUGAUGAGCUGAAUAGACAAAUGGAUGCGUUGAUUGCGUUCAGGAUUAAAGUUGAUGAUCCGGAGCAUUCGUGGUUUGAAACGAGUGCUGCUGUUGAUAUGAAUCAGCUCGCUUCGGCUGCGGCGACUUCGGCUGCUGUGUUGUCCACUUCCCUCUCCUCUGGCAAGAAAUCCGAAAGCAAAAGGUCAGGUGAUCACAUGGAAAUUAUAGAUGAGGACAGAUCAAACGGAAGAAGCAAUAAUAGACCAGCACCGUUGGAGAUACUGGACCGUGUCAAAAUCAAUAGUUCUGUUGAUACUCCUCUUUCAACUAUCAAAGUUGUUCUUCAAGUUCCUAGUCAGAAUGAACUGAAAUUCAGCAAUGACAAUCUCCAGAAAGUCGAAGGCCAACUUCGAACUGUUUUUAUUGAAUUUUACUACAAACUUAAACUUCUUAGAAGCUACAGCUUCUUGAAUACUCUGGCAAUUUCAAAGAUCAUGAAGAAGUAUGAUAAGAUCACUUCAAGAAGUGCUUCCAGGUCGUACAUGAGAAUGGUUGAUAAUUCAUACCUAGGCAGCUCCGAUGAGGUUAGGAGGAUCAUGGACAGGGUUGAAAUUUCGUUCAUUAAGCAUUUUGCCAACUCCAACAGGAAGAAAGGGCUAAAAGCCCUCAAACCAAAAACUAAAAAACAGAAACAUGGAGUCUCUGCCUCUUUAGGUUUCUUUGUUGGUUUCACGGCUGCUCUCAUACUUGCGCUGAUAUUGAUUAUACGAAGCCGUCAAAUUAUAGAGAAGGAGGGCAGCAAAAAGUACAUGGAAACAAUGUUUCCCCUCUACAGCUUGUUUGCGUUCAUUGUCUUGCACAUGCUCAUGUAUGCUGCAAAUAUAUACUUUUGGAGAAGAUAUCGAAUCAACUAUUCAUUCAUAUUUGGGUUCAAGGUAGGAACUGCACUAGGCUACCGCGAAGUUCUCUUGUUGAGCUUUGGUCUUGCGGUGCUGGCAUUAGGCAGUGUCUUAGCAAAUCUUGACAUGGAAAUGGAUCCCAAAACAGGAGAUUACAAAGCACUCACUGAGCUUCUUCCUGCAGGAUUAGUAGUUCUUGUAAUUGCCAUAAUGAUCUGCCCAUUCAACAUCAUAUACCGGUCCAGCCGCUACUUCUUACUCACCUGCAUAUUUCACUGUGUUUGUGCUCCUCUAUACAAGGUUUUACUUGCAGACUUUUUCUUGGCGGAUCAAUUUACUAGCCAGGUUCAAGCAUUCCGAAGCAUUGAGUUCUACAUUUGUUAUUACACUUCUGGUAAUUACAGAGUCAGAGAAAACAAUUGCAAGUCAAAUGAUGUUUACAAUACAUUCAACUUCAUUGUAGCAGGGAUUCCAUACUGGUGGCGCCUUCUCCAGUGUCUUAGGCGUUUAUUUGAGGAAAAAGAUGCGAUGCAAGGAUGGAAUGGAAUGAAAUAUUUUGCGACAAUAGUUGCUGUGACAACCAGAACAGCUUAUACUCGCAACAACAGUACAGAAUGGAAAGUCAUAGCUUGGAUCUCAUCAGGAGUUGCAGCUGCAUUUAGUACAUACUGGGACCUUGUUCAUGACUGGGGGCUUCUCAACCGUAAAUCCAAGAACCGUUGGUUGCGAGACAAACUAAUCAUUCCACACCAUUCUGUAUACUUUGGGGUCAUGGGCUUUAAUGUGUUGUUGAGGCUUGCAUGGCUUCAAACACUUUUAGACUUGAACUUUUCUUUCUUACAUAAAGAAAGCUUAGUGACCAUUAUGGCUAGCCUCGAAAUCAUUCGCCGUGGUGUAUGGAAUUUCUUCAGGUUGGAGAACGAACACUUGAACAAUGUUGGAAAGUUCCGUGCCUUUAAGUCUGUACCAUUACCUUUCAACUAUGAUGAAGCCGAGGAGGAAGACGAAAAUUAGAACUAAUUUACAGGCUUGUGAAAAUGCAAGAGAAUCAACUGUAACAUAUAAAGUUUAGCUAUAAUGUAGAGAGGAAUAAACUACACUAUUGGAGUAUUAUACGAUGUAUAUUCAAACUGCAAAUAUUCAAUAUUCAAGUUAAUUCGAUUAUUGGAAGUGAAGUUUAUUAGUCAA